AUGGGUACGUCUGGAAGAAGCGCAGUACCGUGGUACCUUAGACUAUCCUUGACCCAUAUGGUACUGAAACCUAGAUUCCAAGGAGAAAGUAUGGAAGUAGAGGCUGAUACGCGCAGAAAGCACUGUAGCAGCGCAGACAAAUUGAGGAAGACGAUCGAUUACAUGCUCCAAAAGCUGAAGAAUCUGGUGCGAAAUUGUUCAGAGGUCAAGGAGCAAUGUCUGGUCGCAAAAAUCCAGCAACAAAACCAACCAAAAUCGGAGGGAUUGAAGCAGAAAACGCGAAGUCGCUGCUCACAGAAACUGGUACAAAACCCUCAAAAUCUUGCCCGAAGUGGUGAAAUCGGCCCUAGACGAACUUGGAACAGAGGUUCCGCAACCGGGAUGCAAAGAAACUGA